CGUCACGGCGAGCGUCCCGACGCCGCUCUCUCGAUUCGCUCGACGACGCGGCCAGCUCGACGUAGUCAGUACACGCGUCCCGACGCCCGGGGAUGCGUCCGCCGGUGGAGGUGUAGGUUUUGCCGCGUGAAUUGUUGAUCGUUUUGUGGACGAUAUUUUGCCGGGGAAGAUUCGUGUAAAACUCGAUUUCACUCGGAGGGAAAAACCGGAAAAAGUGCGCGGACGAAAGAGCGAGGAGAAACGCAUAUACAACGCAUAUGGCGCAUCGUGCCUCACUCUUGCUAAUAUAAUGCUACACUUUUUUCGCGAGGUAAUGCUCCUCGGUGUGAGAUUACUUCUUUAAGAACAAUUCGUUUUUGUAAUUGAAAAAAUUUUGGCAGUGGAUAUAAUUCAUCGUUGAAUUAUGCGUCUCUCAUUAAACGGUGAUGUAAUGCUCGUGGAUCGGAAUCCCUUCGGUACGAUCGGAGUGAGACUGAGAUUUAGAUAACGAUCCAUUGACGCGCGCGAGUGGUCUCCGUAAUUUGGACGAUACACUGUGUACAUUUGGUGUAAGACCGAGAUAAAACAGGAAGGGAAAAUAGAGAAAGAGAGAGAGAGAGAAAAAGGAAGAUCUGUACCCUGUUAUCUCGACCAAGUGCAAUUGCGUUAUUUUUAUGUGACAAGUUGCCUGCAAGAUACAGAACAUGGCAGCUAGGAUCUCAAAUAAAAAUCGGCCGGUGCGAGUACGCGUGAAACUGAUGGUGCUGCAACGUUAAUGCAAACAAUAUUAUUAAAAGGACAUUUUACAGCAUUUUACGCAAGGUGUGAGUUAUUGGGCUAUAUUUCACGUUGUGCGUGCUCUAGAUAUUCUUUUUUCCACCAUUACGACCCGCAUGCCGAGCGUGUUUCUCGUACGACGACUAAAGGGCAGAAAGUGUGCGGGAAAUAAAGAUGCGCUCAUAUAUAUACGGUGCUUUUUACGAAGUAAUCUACGGUUGAAUAUAUUUGACGACGGGACUAAUGACUUGAAAGAACUUGGAUCUCAAAGACAAACCGUUUACACGAGUACGAGUUUGUAUAAUAUUUCCUUUUUAUUUUACCAAAAAAUUUUGAAAUAGCAUUAUUAACAUCGAAUUUCGGUAAAUAACCUUGUCAGAAAUUGGAAAUUAAAGAGAUUAUUCCUCUUUGAAAAUAUAACUAGGUUCCUGAGGACAUAAUUAGUGUGAGAAUAUUAAUUGUUCAAUAUUAUGUUAUUAAAUAUGUGAUGGUAACUCGCUUCGACUAAAUUAAAAUCCUGCUGCAUUAAAGUAAAUAAGAUAUUAUCUGAAGAACGCAGUUUUCUCUCUAUCAAUUUACCUACUUGAAAAUAUAUCAUGAAAAUUCCUCUUUUAAUCGAUCGUAACUCCAUAAUUAAUGGCGUGUCUUUCUGUGACGAAGGAAGAUCAGUUUUCGAUGAUGAUAUCGCACAAUAUAUGAGAGUAUCCAUUAUCGAACACUUCGUGUAUGGGCAUUAAAAAUGCAUUCAUUCAUAUCUUGUCAGUUCUGCAAGGAAAAUAUGUGUGGCACCCCCUUUCCUCUUCCAUAUCCUUCUACACAAUACAGAAAAGGACUGAAAGAUAUAGCUAAAACUAUAUAUAUUUGAAAAGAAUAUUGGAAGACAGAUUCAUAAAACACUUUAAACCAUUUUAUCGGAAAUAUUAUACAUGAAUAUCUUUAAUAACAAAAUUACAAUUAACAUAUUUAUAUUUACAAUAAAUAUAUUUAUGAGAAAGCUAUCGAACGUUGCACAAAAAUCAUAUUUUAUUAUAAAUAUUAAAUACAUUUCCAAUAGCUAUCCCUUUCACAUCAAAAUUGCAAUUUAGUGUUCCCUUAUACUGCUCCAAAUGUCGCGCAGCGCUUUUGCGAUUGUUCGCAAUUAUGCGAGCUCACUGUCGCGAAACGUUAGAGCAAUUCUAUUAUUCAAUGCGACGAAAUGAUGUUUAUGCGCGAUUUGGCUGAUACCUGAAUUAAUCCGUUUCCGCACACAAUGCCGGUCACUCGUAAAGCAGACAUAUGUCCGCCCGUGAUAUUAUAUGCUGGAAUUAUUCUUCGCAUUACGAGAGAGGCAGAGAAAGAGGCGGAGGGGGAGAAAAAGAGAGAAUGAGCGAUCCGGAGCGACGCGAUAGCCAGAAUAAUUCAUUCAGAGUGAUAUAACGUCGUCGGUGUGAGGAAUCGCGGAAAUCUCUGGCGCGGAGCGAAAUCAAAUCUGCCGCAUUCGGCGGAGUAUAUUAUCAUAAGAAAAAAGAUUAUUGAGAAUCUCUCCCGAGAUAAGAUCCCAUGGUAAAUUGAUCGACCGUCGUCCGGGAGUUUUUCCGCAAUGUCGUUUCGGACGCGAUUAACUCCUCGGCACGGAUGCGAUUUUCGACCGGCAGGAUCGAUUUAUCGGAAGUGGCGAUCGUGCAGGCGAAGGGAGAACGACUAUUAGAGAACGACAGUUUAAGCCGGCCGAACUAAGCCAGUAAAUUCUUUCGUCGUAUAUCACUUUUUAUAUUUUCUAUUCGGAUUCGCGCGAUAGGGAUCACUGUCACCUCGGGUAAGCGUCACCCUCGUGUUUCACGUAUAUCCUGUCAUUUCCCGUCGUAUUUUAUAGCAAUCGUUGCGUAUUAUUCUGCCAAACUUUAUAUUGAUCAUGCCACGGACAACGAUAAACCGUCCGCGGGCAAACCCUGCAGGAAUUUUGGAUGGAAAAUUUGUCCGAAGCAAAAAGCGUGAUUAGUAAGACAACCUGAUGGAAACAUUCAGCAGACCUUUCCAUUGAAUGAGAUCAGUUCUGAAAAUUGCGUCGAUGCAUGCGCUCUUUUAUCCAAAUUUUGUUUAACCUUUAGAAAAUAUCUGAGAAUAUAUUACGAAAUUGAAGAUAAAGGAGAAUCAAUACGUCAAUACGUCAAUCCUGAUCUUUAACCGUUAAUAGAACAUGAUAUGAUAGCGUGAAUAUGAUAUGGCAUAUACUGAUGUAUCGAUUUUACAUUUGACAGCAAAAUUACUUUCCAUCACCGUGAGAACCAUCACGUUCUUGUUCUAAAGCACUUUUCACUGUGAUGAAAACAACUACUGUUGCAACAACUCUGCUUGUUACUGUCGCAAAUGCGACGCCAAGGCUGCGUGGCGCAGCUUGAAAUUUAGUCCUUUAGCUCACCGAGUAAAAGACUUAGGAGGAACGCGUAUACCGCGUACCUGGCUUCUGCUAAUCCAUUUUUUUCCAGAAAAUCCUGAAAUUCCCGCAGCGGUACGAGAACAGGAAACUUUCGCGGUCAUUAUUCCGUGGCGGGCAGUGAAUUUACGUCCGUGAGCUGGAAGAUUCGGUCGCGUAUAAAUUUCCCCACGGUUCGUGUUUCUCGUUUAGCGUUUCUCGGAUUUUAGCAUUUUCCUGAACACGGCUCUCUCGCAUCGCGCCGAUUGUUGUUAUUCCGGAACGACGGUAACAUUUUGCCCGAGUUCUUGCCGCGGCGAUUGUUUGCGGGCAAACAUCCGGGUCGCGGUAAACGCGUCUAAGAGAGCAGGAAAUGGAAUUUUACUUGUACAGCAGCGAAUCACCUUUAUGGAUGUUGAUAUUGCCAAUCUCUCCGCGGUUUCCGAUAAUGGCGAAAAUCAGAUUUAUAGAAUGAGGGUGGCACGGCUAUUACUGUGCUGCGUACUUCUCGAAGACUACAGCACCAAUCUCGGCGGAACGGCAAUUACCAGUGACGCCAUGCGCCAGGACGGCCCCUCGUCCGCGACGAAUCCGACGCUAUCAGGAAAAUUGGACAACUCGGGAGAUCAAUUACAUGUGCCGAGCUUCUCGGAGCCGAUUGGCAACGUAACUGCCGCCAUCGGCAAAGAAGUCGCCCUCUCCUGCACCAUCAGGAAGGUGGGAAACUACAAGGUGGGAUGGCUACGUGCCGAGGAUCAGACGAUACUAUCCAUGGGGGAUCGACGAGUCACCCAAUCAUCCCGUUUCUUCGUCACUUUGGAGAACGCGAAGACCAAGAAUCAGACGCAGUCGCGGGAGGACGAGGAGGCCACUUGGCAGCUGCAUAUUCGGGCACUGAAGGAGGCCGACCGUGGCUGCUACAUGUGCCAACUCAACACCAAGCCCAUGUUGAGCCAGUUGGGAUGCGUGGAUGUCCUAGUGCCUCCCGAUAUUUUGAGUUCCGGUACCUCGGACGGCGAGGUUUCCGUUCUCGAGGGUGAGAACGCCACGUUGUCGUGCAAGGCGUCCGGACGACCGCCGCCUCGCGUGUUCUGGCGACGCGAGAAAAGUGAUUACAUACUCAUGAGAGGUGUUCACGACCCGUUGGUACAAGUGGACAACCCGUCCGGCGAAAGGCUGGAAUUAACCAGGGUAGACAGGAGGCAAAUGGGGGCUUAUCUUUGCAUAGCGAAAAACGAAGUGCCUCCAGCGGUCAGCAAGAGGGUUAAUCUAAAAGUAAAUUUUCCUCCCAGCGCGAAGACACCUAAUCAGCUGCUCAGUUCUCCCCUGGAUACGAACGUGUCGCUAAUCUGCUUGAUCGAGGCUUAUCCCAAAACGAUUAACUUGUGGAUGCGAAAGGAGCAAGUUAUCAUGAGCGGAGGCAGGUACGAAAUCGACGAGCGAGGAGACCCCGACGAGGAAUGGAAGACGACGAUCGUGCUGAAGAUAAGACGCUUGGAGAAAACGGAUUUGGGUGAAUACACGUGCUCAGCCUCCUCAAGUAUGGGAAAAGCCGAGGCGACUCUCAGGGUCUACGAGAUCGAGCGCGCGACUGUACCUAGCCGCGUCACCUCGACCAACUGGAAGCGACUAAACCGAGGCAAGUCAAAGUCGGGACAAGGCACGAUGGUCAAUCGGAUUUUCCACCAACAAGUGAGCACGCCGGCGAUGCAGAAGAGCACCGCACGACUGACGUACAACAACCGAUACGCGACUACGUCGACGACCGCGGAUCCACACGUAUCCUUAAUCAAGGACCACGGUAACGCCUUCAAGCACAACAAUCGUAACGACAACCAGCAGGAUCUCAAAAAUCACAGCCACGCGUCCGCGGUCGUCGCCAGCAAGCAGAUCGUCCUGUCAUUCUGUUUAAUCCUAUUCUCGACGGUACGAUAAGACAUCGCUCUAAUCGGCGGCGAUGCGUUGUACGACUUUCGAGAUGGCACAAGUGCUUUGCGACGAGCGGAGACUACGGUAAUACCGGUUGAAAACGUCGAGAAAACCAGCGGACGACUCUUUGUCAUGGAGAUGCAAGCUUCUAAUGUGUAUGCUUCCAUCCCUGGGUUACCCGAAGUAGGGAUGGUAUGGAUGGGGGGUGAAAGCAUGAUGAUGCACGGGGAGCCGACUCAUCAUGAGCUCAUGCUGGAUCCCCGUCAAGCCGAGAGCCCGUUCUUCUCACACGGUUCACACCCGUAUGAAGACCUCAGAAAUCAUAUCGCUCCUACCACCAUGGUACGCUACAUACCACAGCAAUUCUCCACCGAGUGUUCGGAACCCGAUGAGGCAAUGGAGGCUGUAGAUGCUCAUGAGAUACAGCAGGAAUACGAUUCACAGUCGGAAAGGCCAGAAAUGAGCGAGUACUUGACGUUAGAAGACUAUAUGGGCGAUGAAGAACGAGAGCAAAUCGUGAGCAAUGCGGCGACUCAGACUACUCAAGACAAUCGUAAUCGCAAAAUAAAGCCUAUUAAGCAUCCCGGACUCGUUUUGAAGACACCAAUCGCUUAUCAGCCUCAUACCGAUCUAAAUUUUAUUCCUAUUCGCAAAGACGGCAUAGCUGUUUGUGAGAAAUGUGGUGCUAUUGGUGUGAAGCAUGCCUUUUAUACAAAGGAACGUAGAUUUUGCAGCAGAGCUUGCGCCCGUUCUUCAGAGCAUACAGCACCAACUGCUGACUCAACGUACAGUCCAUCUCAUUCGGUGGAUCAGCCGACGUCUGUGAAUCAAGCGUCUCCAAGCGAUACAAAAAUACAGGCGGAUGUGGUUGUAAAGGAGGAAGUGGAUAUGAAAGAACCCGCCGAAUCAGAGAAAGAUAAGGUUAAAUUGGAGCCAGUAAUGCCCGAGGAUCUACCGGUCAGGAGAAAACGAACAGCGGAGAUGGCCGGUUCCUACGACUGGACGUCGCAGCUUGUCGAGCCUGGAUUUUGCGCCGCGCCAGUUUCCUGUUUCAAACAUGCUCCUAUAUCAGAAAUAUGGGAUAACAUCACAGUUGGUAUGAAAGUAGAGGUAGAAAAUACCGACUGCGAUGAAGUGUGCGAGGCUUUCCCAGACUCGUUUUGGGUCGCGACCGUCUUACGUAUAUGCGGCUAUAGAGCUCUGUUAAGGUACGAGGGUUUCGGACACAAUGCGGACAAAGAUUUUUGGGUAUCGCUUUGUUCUAACGACAUACAUCCGGUUGGUUGGUGUGCCACAAUUGGAAAACCUCUUAUUCCACCUAACACGAUUGCGAACAAGUACAAAGAUUGGAAGGACUUUCUGAAGAGGCGACUAACCGGUGCGAGAACGCUACCGACGAAUUUUUACAACAAGGUGAACGACAGCAUGAAGUCCCGCUUUCGAUGCGGGCUUCAUUUGGAGGUGGUAGACAAGAACAGAAUCUCACAGGUGAAGGUGGCGACGAUACAGAAAAUCGUUGGCAAACGGUUGCACGUGAGAUAUUACGACUCGUCGCCGGAGGACAACGGUUUCUGGUGCCACGAGGAUUCGCCGCUCAUACAUCCUGUCGGCUGGGCUAAGAAAGUGGGACAGAUGUUGGACGCGUAUCCCGAAUACCUGGACCGAGUCGCCAAAUCAAAAUUGUCCGAGGACGACGCGACGGAGAAUCUCUUUCAUGUGCCAAAGAAUCAUCACCUUGGAUGCUCGUUCAGGGAGGGUAUGAAGAUAGAGGCCAUCGAUCCGCUCAAUCUUUCGGCUAUAUGCGCAGCAACGGUCAUGCAAGUCCUGAAGGAAGAUUACAUCAUGAUACGCAUCGACAGUUACGACGAGGACGCGAGUGGCGCCGAUUGGUUCUGCUACCAUUCGUGCUCGCCCUGCGUCUUUCCGAUCGGGUUUUGUUCGCAACACGGUUUACCGUUAACGCCGCCAAAGGGUUACGACCCCACUACCUUUACAUGGGAUUCAUAUCUGGUGGAAAGCAACACUGUGCCCGCUCCUUUACAAUUGUUUAACCGGGAGAUUCCCGUACAACACGGAUUCAUCGAGGGAAUGAGGCUCGAAGCUGCCGACCUGAUGGAUCCUAGACUCGUUUGCGUCGCUACUAUUACUAGAGUGAUCGGCAGGCUACUGCGGGUACACUUUGAUGGUUGGGAAGACGAGUAUGAUCAAUGGUUGGAUUGUCAGAGCCCGGACAUUUAUCCCGUUGGAUGGUGCGAUCUCGUCGACCAUAAAUUGGAGGGGCCGCGUGCACACGUUAAAAACACUAGUCCUACUGUAAAAUCACCGAGAGGCCUUAAACGUAAAGCUAAGAGGAAACUGAAGAAGGGUGGCAAGAUGUCUUGCUCCAAGAGUAUACUACCUCGAGGUAUGCUACCUCGUCAGAGCGAACGUAUUAGUAUGGCUCGCGAACGCGAGCGAGAACUGGAGCCCGCUCAAGGCACGAAAAUCGAGCGAGAGCGCGAUCUGGAGAGCCUACCGGAACAGAGAAGCAGGGAGCCGGAACCGGCGGAAGAGCCAGCUGGACCCGAUCAGACCUUACCCAGUCCUACGACUGGCCAAGGUCAAGCGUUGAACGACACGCAGAGCGAAGUACAGAGCCCUCCACCACCUAAGGAAAGGACUGCCACGUCAUACAUUAACGUGACUUCAGCGAGUAGUAAAUACAUACCGAGGCUAGCAGAUGGUGUGCAAAAAGGUUCGGAAUCUGGUGAUCUAGUGCCAUCUGAGUGGAAUGUCUUUGAUGUUGCACAAUUCCUUCGUGUUAAUGACUGCGCGACGUACUGCGAUAAUUUCAGUAAACGUAAAAUAGAUGGAAAGACAUUGCUGACUCUCACCAAGGACCAAAUAAUAGACCUAACGGGUUUCAAAGUUGGACCUUCCUUAAAGAUAUAUGAUUUAAUUCAGCAAUUAAAAAUCAAAGUGAAUCCAGCUCAGGAAAGGUUGAAAUUAGGAUUGAAGAAAUUAUUAUAACAAAACUAGUACAUAGCGCUAUGAAUAAGUUUCAUCAUUACGCAAAUUAGUCAUGGAUUUACAGGUAAGGCACGUGAAGUAACGAUAGUUGAAAUCAUCUCCCAUCUUUCACUAUGGUUACAUACGUUAUUUGUUACAUACUUUACUAAUGUACUGAAGAAAUGUUUUUAUCUAGAUUCUUUAUAGUCUAAAAUGUAGAAAACUUGGAUGCCGUAUGAUUUGCUAUAAGUUGAAACAGAUUAUUCUAUUCCGGAAAGCAACUAUGAUGUAUUCUUGAUCCUUUCAUCAUUUGUUUAUGUGUGUGUGUGUACACACACACACACACAUAUAUAUACAUCAGUAUAUACUUUUAUAUAUAUAUAUAUAUAAGUAUAUACUGAUUUUAAUAAAUUAAUGAACGUAUGAACUACACUGCUUAUUGUGGUUCAUCAAUUUAUUAAAUUCAAAAUGUGCAGUUAACGUUGACGUGAAGAAAGAAAGUUUGCAAUUGGAUUGAAUUUGCAAUGGAACUUGAGUUAGUAAAUUGCGAUAUGGCAAAAAUCAAUUAAUAUAAAAUAAAUAAUUUCUUAACAUGUAACAAUAAAUUUAAUCGCUGUUCAUAAAAUUUUAACAGGAAACGGUAUCUUUUACAAAUACCACUUAAUCAGUGAACUAACAAAUACCAUGUCACUGAUAUUGCAUUAUAUUUCAUAUUAUACGUAAACGAAGUCCAAAGGAAAUAUACAUGGUAUGUGUUUACGGUAACCACAGCUAUACACAUAUGUACAUGUAAGAAACUGAGGUUUGCAUUCCGGAAUGAACCAAUCGAAUAACAAUCAUGACAGCAUCUAAUUUUUUCAUGAUGUCCAUAGUAUCAUAGAAAAAAAUUAAAAUUAACAUUUUUUCACACAAUGAUGUGUCAUAUAUUAUAUAUAUAUUUAUACUUGAUACAUAUAGUCAUAUGUAAGGAGGAUUUGAUGUACGUACAUUGCACAUAUACAUACUCAUAAAUACGUAACAUAUUUUCUCUAAUAAGUUUUUCUACUCGAUUCUUUCUUCCGACCACGGCAUUAUUUGUAAAUCCAUGCUGUCACGUUGCACUGCAUUAAAAAUACGGAUGCAUCAGCCACGUGAAAAACGAUCGAUACGCAACAUUUUUUUUGAAAAUGAAACUCAAAGACUAAACUUUAACUACGGUCGCUCUGCUUUCUGAAUGUACACAUCGACAGAGUAAAUUAAUACAGAUGUAUUAAAUACAACCACGAAGUACAAAGAACAUUUUCUUCUUUAUCACAUCCAAAUACCGAUUAAUAUUAAACUUGUUGAACAAUGACACAAUAUUUACAGAGAAAGAGAGAGAGAGAGAGAGUUCCGUCUAUUUUAAUAAAUCUCUAUCAAUUCACUCUGUAUAGCGCAGCAUACACAUACACACACACACAUAUAUAUAUAUAUAUAUAUAUAUAAAUUUGUAAAUAAGAAAAACGAAAUUAAGCGCAUGUAUGUCUCUUGUAUAUAUUAUAUGUAACAUGUUAGUUUUAGCUGUUCUCUUUGCAAAUGCGCACGGCACCAGGCACUGUGUAAUCGUGCAUCGCUUACGUGUAACUUUCACAAAGUGACUGAUGCAUACGUAUUAUAUACAUUUGUAUCUAUAUAUCGCUUAAUCACCUCUACGACGAAUCAAAGCAGUCAGAUAAAGCUAAAGAACACCGCUUUGGAUCUUAAAUAUUAUUUUAGUACUAUAACGCGGUUACUCGCGAUUAUUUAUUCAGUUUGGAAUCUCUUUAAGAACGGGCUUUACGCCGUUUCUACGCCUUUUACUUAAUGUUUUUUCGAAAACAUUAUCUGGUGAGAGCAUGUGUCUUGUAUGACUGGCCAAACAACGUAGUGUCAUUCUCAUGCACGAAUUAUCACAGAAUUCUAACAAUAUGUUAUUCAACUAAUGUAUUCUCACGUGUAUUUGUGUGUCAUGUUAGUUGACGAUCGAAAUUUUACUGCAAAUUUCUGAAUCAAACAGCGGCAUUGAACGUAUGUGAUACGAAAUCUGCCGGAUCGUUAUUACCACUAAAGGAUUGAGAAUCGGUUAAGCUUUGAUCUUAAUUUAUCUGAUUCUUUGUUCUAAUUAGAUUUAAGGUUACAGAAAUCAGUUCAGUUACGAUUGGAAACAUUCACAUUGAGAAAUCCAUUAAAUCUAUCUUGAUUUUAAGUAAAAUAUUAUAUUAAGAAUUUAAGCGGUUUUGUGAGGAAAUUUAUUCGAUAGUUUUCUGAUCUUUUUUUUGCGAUUUCAUGAUAUAGCGCGGAUAAAUUUAUAUUUUAGUCGAGUAAGAGUAAUGCAAUCGUAAGUACAAAAGAGCAAUACCGACUAUAAUUCUUGUGCUACAAUGAUACGUUUAAAUUUUAGCAUUGCAAUUUGCGAUAAUCAUCUCAAUCGUCAAACGAAAUUACAUUGUGACUUGAUUGUUCAUUCUGGAUGUGGAUCAAAUUUAGAUAAAGUAUCCUAUCAUUUUUAUGGAAACAGGAGUAUAAUAAUGCAGAAUUUUUUAGUUUUUUUAUUAUUAAUAUUAGACGAAGCGAAAAGUCUCGCGAAAAGUAUUGUAAAAGUAUUUAAUUAUUAUAUCUUACUUUUCCAUGUCGCACGUGGUUUUUAUUCGUCAGUUUCUCGAUUUACGUAUACGUAUUAUCUAAUUGCGAAUUUAGAUUUACAACAAUGGGUAACAUUCCACAUUUAUGCGAAUGUUAUAUUAUGGAGAAAGGUGCGAGCGGAUAAUGCGAACGUCGAUAUCUGCCAGGAAUUGUUACUACUGUGCAACAUUUAAUUAUCGGAUUCAAUACAAUAAGUUUCUCUACAACAAGGAUUGAAAUUAAAUUCAUAUAAUUCAAUUCGUUCUAAUUUUUAAUGAAAGGGCCAGGCUUCGCAUUCGCGGUUUGUCGAAUGGAAAACGAUAAAAGGUAUUCUCGCUAAUCUUACGAGUGAUUAUUUGGGAAAGAUACUCGAAAUUUUUCCAUCGUCGAUACGAGUGACAUAUCGUGUGCCAUUUUGUUUGCUGAAAUAUUUACCAAAAUUGUACUGCGCUAGCGUAAACUCGCGAUUGGUAAGAAAUUAUAGGAAUGUGUUGUACACGUUUGAUUAUAUAAAUAUCCAUAUAAUUCUA